AUGCCCAGCUCUACCAUCUCCGAUAUUGCAGACGCAAAGCUGCGCCGCCAACAGGAGCGCAUACAGCAAGCUGAAGCUGCUCUUCUUCCUCCUCAGCAACACCAGCGACCUUCUUCUCGCGCCAAAGGCAAGUCGUCUUACAAGCCGCUGGACAUCGAUUGGAAUACCUCGGAAGCUCAGCAUCACCAAGCCCGCGACAGUAUUGCCUCGACUGCUCCCGGCCCUGUGUCCGAAGUUCGCAUCAAUACUUACACCGCGCGACCCAUCAGCUCUCGUGACACCUCCUUGUCUCGCUUCAUGUCCCGUGCUUCCCGGCAGACUGGUGCCGUGGAACUCGACCGCUCAGACUCUCUCGCCACCGAUGAUGGCUUCCAGAUCUAUAGACGCGGUCGUCAGAACAAGAAUGUCGAGCAGCUGAAACCCUUUGAAGACAACAAGCUCGAGCAGAAGCAGAAGACCGUCGAGGCCGACUUCGACAAGCGCCAGAUCUACGAGGUCUUCGCCAAGGAGUUACCCGGUCUUGACUUCAUUGACAGCAACCUGGGCCGGCACGACGGUCAAGUGCAGUUCAUACAGCAUCCGAACGGCGAUGUCUCAGCUCACAUCUGGUCGGAUCAGCGCACUUUGUGGGAGAACCUUGGCAACUUCUCCAACAUUCGUAAGAGAAUCGAGGGCCAACUUGCCGCUGAUCGCCUGAAGGGAGAGACGGCCUGGCAGACUUUGCAGAAGCACACUCUCGCCUAUUUCCGCGCCGUCGCGAAGCAGCGCGAGUGGGAUGCAAUGGGCGUACCCUUUGGGCAGGCUGAUCUUCAGCAGAUACUGCCUCAGCCAAAAGAAGCCGCUGCUGGCAAUAGCAAAGAAUCUGCUGCGUUACCAGGUCUUGGCUUCACAACCACCAAUGUCGCGGGCGAUUCAGCCUCCCAGCAGCAUCGUCAAGAGGCUCCUAUCGUGCAGCCCACGCCUCGCGUACAGGGCAUCGAGCGCUUUGGUUUCAUGCAGCAGCAGAAGGUCAAUGACAAAGACGGAGACCCCUUCACCGCUGCUGGUCCAUACGCCAAUCUGGCAACUGCGCCUCUGCUUCCCACAGCGUCUCAGACGACGUCAACGCUACCAAAGAACGUCACGUCACAGGGCCACAACGUUGAACAGGACCGCCUCUACUCCAGCCAAAUGCCAUCAACGUCAGAAACCCCGACAUUUUCUCUGUUCAAGCCGGGCUUCCAGAUGUUCAACGCUGGCCAACUUGUUCCGCCGUUCAAUCCGCAUCCAUCUGCUACACUUCCGAGCAUGUUUCCCUUUCUCAAUCCGAGUAUUGGCAACAGUUUCGCCCAUGACACUGCCAGCCGUCGCCAAACUUCCUUCGAUCACUCGGGCUCUCCAUCUCGUUCCAAGCCCGUGACGCCUCUUCAGACCCGUGAGGCGAUGCGAGACCAGCUCUGGAAGCUUGGCGAGACGGCUAGUGCUAGAUCGCGCAACCCCAGUCAGAACAAUAUUCCUGUUCGUACUGUGCUGCGUGACCCGUAUCAGAGAUCGAGCGGUGAGAACGAAGCGUCCAGCAACUCCUCCGCCCGUGCUCCCCGCGACGCUCCCUCGUUUGAAUCCAAAACGCAGCAAACGAAUUCAUCUGAAUCAGCCAUGCCAACCGGUUGGAUGGACUCUCAGGCUGCGCUGCCGCAAUCACGCCAGGCCAAUCCCACCACAAGCAGCCAUCAAGCAUCUUUUGACGACUGUCUUGCCGACAGCGUUCCUGACUGUACCGCCUCACCCACCGUUGCUAGCAGCAACGGCGUCUCUACGAUUGUACCUGGCACAGAGAUGGCACUCGUGCCUACUUCCGCUGCCGAUUUCGAUCUUGAUGCUCCGCCGAAUUCCAUGUUCGAGACCCGUGACGAAGCGCUGCAGCGUUGGUGGACAUCUGGAACCAAAUUCCAGCGCCAUGAGGAGCUCUUCCAGAGUAUCAAAAUGCAAGCGCUACUUGAGGGAAGCACUGCCACUACCCCGGCUCGCACGAAUCCUCGUUCCAUCGGUGCUCCACCUGGUCGAACUGUGGCGAAUCCAUCUGCCGGUGCUUACCAAGCCACGCCGCAGAAGGCCGAUCUCGCCAACCAGCCUGCUCCUUUCAACGAGACCGUCACUCGCGCUUUCCUGCUCAUUCAUGAGAAUUUGUCGAGCUACGUUCAGGGACCGACGGAUGCUCGUCAGGAUUACUGGGCUCCUUGGGUCAAGGCACCGGAGUGGGCUAUCGAUCGCAGCGCGGGUGGGAAUGAUUCGUUCUUCGACGGUGGCUGGGGCAAGCCGCCUGCCCGUGUUGGUCGGGAUCCGAGAUUUCGUGCUCUACCGGGGGAGUUGCGUUUUGGAGGGUUCUUGCCAGGUGCAGCUGGUAUCGGCAGUCCGCCGGGAUUGUUGGGUGUGAGCGGUGGUGUGCCCGGUAUGGCGAGGUACGGCUAUGGCAGUCCUGCUGGCAAGUACUGA